UAUAUAUGUAGUUUCUGUUCGUGAAACAGUCUCUAAUAUUUCCAUAUAAAWUUUUAAAAAUGUAUUGCAUGUCAUUUCUCCUCUAACUGAUAACUUCAUAAGUGUCAUGUUCUUGCAAUGCUUGUGACAUGCGCGUUUCAUCAUGCUAUUUUACUCACAAAACACAUUUGCAUGGAAAACAUUGCUUAUGUGGACAUAUCGCUCUAUUAGGUGAACGACCUUUCGGCUGGUCGGCUGUAUAAUGUCCACUUUUAGUUUGACAAACAUUCCAGUCCAUUUGAUUUGAUAAACCACUAUAGUCCCUGUCACACUGCAGUCUCAUCUGUCAAACAAACGGCACCGCRUCACUGAAUAGCGUGAUUCURURUAAGUAAAUAAUACUCGUUUACGUGAUCCACUGACUUAGGAUAACCUUGGUAACUUACUACAUACGUUAUUUGCACAACAAUGGCUUCAAAUCGCGAAGAMGUUAGCAUUCCCSUGGCAGAUCAUCCAGAUAAAGCUACKAUCACCCUCAAAAGAUCMUUAGGCAUUCCUAGUGGAAUAGCUCUCCUUGUUGGCACCAUCAUUGGAUCAGGAAUCUUUGCUACUCCAAAAUGGGUUUUGAUCUAUUCAGGAUCUGUUGGUCUGUGUCUCGUCGUCUGGAUUCUAGGAGGUUUUAUAAGUCUUCUCGGUGCUUUAUGUUACAUCGAGCUCGGAUUAUUGAUCCCCAAAUCUGGAGGUGAAUAUGUAUAUUGGAAGGAGUCGUUUGGUCCUCUGUUAGCGUUUUUGUUCGCAUGGGCUGUAAUUGUUCUCAGAUGCCUAGGCAACGCAAUUCUGGURCUCAUAUUUGCUUCUUACGUCAUUGAGCCCUUUUUCCCGGGUUGUUCAGCUAGGGAAGACUUGAUACCUUUGCAGAAAAUAACUGCUGUGUCUGCCGUGGGUGUAAUCUCGCUGGUCAACUGCUUCAGUGUUAAAUGGGCGAGUMGAGUACAGAUUAUAUUUACUGUUGCCAAGAUGAUUGCCAUUGUCAUGCUUAUUUUGACUGGUCUCGUCAGGAUUACCCAAGGACAUGUUUCAAGUUUCAAGGAUCCUUUCAAAGGAACAAACCCGAAGGUUGAAAUGAUAGGAUUUGCUUUUUACAACGCGCUCUUUUCGUAUGAUGGAUGGAAUAAUAUUAAUUAUGUCAUCGAAGAAUUCAAAAAUCCCAAAAGAAACUUCCCGAUUGCCUUAUUGAUAGCAAUAUCCAUGGUAACAAUCUCUUAUGUUCUUGUCAACGUUGGAUUUCUCACKGUCCUCAGUCCUGAAGAAGUGAUGAACUCUAAUGCUGUAGCAGUGACAAUGGCUAAUCGCCUGUACGGUGUCAUGGCAUGGAUUAUCCCGUUYCUGGUCUCCUGUUCUGUUUUUGGCUCAGUGAAUGGUUCUGUAUUUUCUGGUGGUCGUUUGGUGUUCGCCGCUGCAAGAGAAGGACAUUUGCCUAAAAUUCUGGCCAUGAUACAUACCGACCAACGUACCCCCAUACCUGCGAUUAUUUGGACUUUUGUAGUAACUGUCAUCUUCGUGAUCCCAAAGAUGGCAACGAUUGGUAGUUUAGUGACUGCAUUYAGUACUUUGGUGUGGUUCAACUAUGGCGUAACGCUAUCUGGUCUUUUAUGGAUGAGAUACAAAAAGAAAAACGCCCAUAGACCAUAUAAGGUUUUCAUAGGAUUUCCCUGUUUGCUGAUACUUCUUUCAAUAUACCUGGUGGUAGCGUCGUUCUUUGGUGCUCCUAUAGGAUCCAUCCUCGUAUUUGGUUAUAUAUUAAUUGGAAUACCUGUGUACUUUGUAUUUAUACRCUACAAACUUGUACCAACUGGUUAUAUUGAUAAGAUGACAUUGUGGCUUCAGAAUCUUCUUAAUGUUGCUUUUCCAAAAUCUGAAUCRGAUUUGAUGUGAUGCCAGGUAUUAUCUAGGUGUAUCUACAUAUACAACCAACGUUUGAAUAGUCAAGCAUUUCCACACUCCUGGAGGACUCUGACAAGUGCUUCCGACUGUUUGUAAACGCUCAUACAAGAGGAAAUAAACUUCUCCUUGAGACUUUGGUCUAAAUAACAAACGAGAAUACCUCUCUAGACUAGUAGUUUAUAGACUUCAGUUGGAGAAGYACCAAUUUGCUCGUUCAUAGAACAUUUUGUCCCAGCAAAAUUACGCAGAAAACUCUUACCACUGUUGUAUAAUUUCUUUGAUAUUUAUCCCUCUAUAAGGAUUUAUUCCAUGUAUCUGGUGAAUAAGGCUUCCGUCCAUCAAUUCUAGUGUUCAAUAUACCUUUAGGUUAUAAACUUUUAGGUCAUAUACCGUAUGCGCAAUGCAUUGUUGGAUAUGUUUUGGGCAAAACAUGGUUGAUUUUGUUUGUUUUUUCUAGAAACUGAUCUCACAAUUCUCAGUUACAAGUCAAGUAGUCGUAAAAGCUUGAGAAGUCUAUUUGGAUAUAAGACGUCGCGUUACGCUGUUUUAGUUUGAACUUUGUACAAAUUUAUAUUCAGUUAUACAUGCAAACGCAUAAUUAAUUCAUUAAAAAUCGACCUAACCCAUUACAAACACCUAAUUACCACACAUGAUUGUUCCAACGCAUGCGCAUGCAAGUUCUUCUGAACUCUAACAGAGCGGGAUCAUAGGGUCUGGGACUUUACUAGAAAAUUCAAAAUCACAAACUCCUUUAGGCUUGGUAGAAGUAAUAAGCAUACGCUCCGCACCAAGUCGCAUAAAAAAGAAAAGAAUUCCAAACGAACAAAGUUGCGAAGCGUCCAAUUUCUGUUCUAAGGAACUGUUUAUUAAAUAUGCCUCAGGGUGGCCUGGAGGAAAAGUAAAAAAACCUUGGGAAUAUUCGCAGCCCCCCUUACUCUAUCAUAAUAUUUUUAGUCGAGCACCCCUCCUUCUGACAUUGAGGAAAAAUAGCCACCCCCAUAUAUAUAUAUAGCAAUGUAAAAUAGUCAAUCCUAUAGGCAAAUUUUUUACACACAUAUAUAUGUAAGCAUCAUAUCUCGAACAUUGUUUGUUUAAUAACAUGAAAUUUUAAGUCGCUAUCCUGCGUGUUUGAGUCGUCUUGUAGUUACUACUUGCUGUACAAGUAUAUAAGUAAUUGUACAACGCAGAUAGACAUACUACUUUUUCAAUGGACAUAGACAGUUGACACUCUUGUUGCUGAUCUGCAUGCCAGACCUUGUCAUAGUUGUUUCAAAAGAAAAAGAAAAAGAAAAAAAAAUGAAAAUAUCUUCAAGUUUUUUAGUUAAAAGAUCUAAGGAUUUAGAGACUUUAAAAGUAGUCACAAAGAAAUCAAGUGAAUGCUUAUGUACAUAGACCUCAAUAAAAAAGAAAUUAAAGUUGUUUGUU